AUGGGAGGAAAUUGUUCUAAUUGUAAUUAAUGUCAAAAGGAUAGAUUAGAGAUAAUUAAUGAAAUUGAAGUGACAAAAAAGUCAGAUAGUUAAAGAAGAGUAUUAUCUUCAGUUUCAUAACAAUCAUAAAAUAGUUAAUUAGAUGUUGUAAUGAAUAGUAUUAUCUAUAGAAUGAUUUGAAAUAGAUUAAAUGUGCACCAACUGAAUAGAAGAAUACAAAGUUUUCAGUGUUUGCAGAAGAUUAAGAAAAAGAUAAAAAGGAUGAUAAGAAUUUGAAUCAAAAGGCCGUUGUAAUAUAAAAAAUUUGGAAGGGACACAAAGCUAGAUAGAGUUAUUAAGAAUUGAAGAAAUCCUUAUCAGAAAAGAAUUAAAAAGAUGAGUGUAAGAAUUAAGAAUAACAGUGUGAUUAAGUAACAAUAGCUAGUAAAGAUAAAAAAAAGNUUACACAACUCAAUAAAAACUCAUUAGAAACCAUACAAAAUUUGUAUAUCAUAAAAUUUAUAAAUUAGAAGUGA